AUGUUUGCAGUCCUGAUUUGCAUCCUGACACUGCAUCAUGUGCACUCUGCCUGCGUUGUGGUGAGUAGAAACAUUUGCACAGAAAACACAGCGGUACAGGCUGAGAUCGUUGACAGGCACAAUGCCUUCAGGAGAGCGGUUCAGCCUACUGCUUCUGACAUGCUGAUAAUGAACUAUAGUGAGGAGGUAGCAGCCAGUGCUCAGGCCUGGGUUGACAAAUGUGUUCUGGCUCAUGGAGCACCCAGUACCCGCAUGCUCAAUGGAUAUGAAUUGGGUGAGAAUCUGUUCUAUUCAUCUUCACCUUACUCAUGGACGGACGUCAUCAAUGCCUGGCACAGUGAGGUGUCACACUACAAGUAUCCCAGUGGCUCCACCAACGGCCAAACUACUGGUCACUACACACAGGUGGUGUGGAACAGCUCCUACAAAGUUGGAUGUGGAGUGACAUUGUGCCCUAACAACAUCUAUUUCUAUGGCUGCCAUUACUAUCGAGCAGGAAACUUCAGGAGUUGGCCACCUUAUAAGGUUGGACCCCCGUGUGCUUCCUGUCCCAAUAACUGUGAAGACAAACUCUGCACCAACCCCUGUCCUUACAUAAACAAAUACAUCAACUGUCCAACCUUGAAAAACACGACUGGAUGCAGCAAUGCCCUGGUGAAUGUGUGGUGUCCUGCUUCAUGCAAAUGCCACAAUGAAAUCAUUCCAAUAGCAUAA